CGUGGCGGCCAGCUAGCAGUGCGUCCUCGGAUAUUUCGGCGCGCCAAGAGUCACUCGCGAGGCACAGGGCAGUACAGUAGUGUGUUACGCUUGCGCGAUGGCUCGGCCCCGGUCCUCGGUCGUGGUGGUCGCGGUUGCGUUGGCCGCCGCGUGCGCUUUUUUGGCCGCGGCCGACGAGCAGCAGCACGCUGACGGCGUCGGCAGCACGGAAGCCCCGUCGGCGUCAGCCGAGACGUCCACAGUGGAAGACAUCGAGCCCAUAGUGGCCGAAGCCGUGCAGCAGGCCUUCAAGCUCGGCCUGCCCGUGUUCACUCAGUUUGGUUCUGACCCGAACGUGUCCAGCGAGUGCUCGGCCGCGCUCGUCAAGACCAUGCUGGGGCUGCGCCGCAUGGAGCCCUGGGCCAUACGCAUGGCCGACUCGAACGGCAAGCCUCCGCCGGGCAUGCUGCAAGGGAGCGUAGCCGACCUCGGAAACUUCGACGAGUGCCUGGACGUGGUGGUGCGCGAUUUCUACGGCGACGUCGACUUCACGGGCCAGUACUGCAGCCUGUUCGUGAACCCCAAAGGUGUCCCGUUCCUGCGAAAAAUGAUCUCCAAGUUCCAGGAGCAAGGCGAGAUGAUGGGCGCCAACAACCCGAUGAACUGGCUAAACCAGGACCUGUUUUUCGGCAUUCAAAUGGGCAUAUGCAUCCCGUCCAAGUGCUCGGGAACCGAGCUGCGCCACAUGGCGGCCACGCUGCUACAUCGGUACGGCUUCCACACCGUGGUGCGCGGAUGCCAGGUCAACGAGGCCCGACCGCCCAAGCCCUACCAGCGCGGCCUGCUCAUAUUCCUCGGUGUUCUAGCUGUUAUUAUUCUACUCGCAACUGCUUAUGACGUUGCUCGCUACUACCUGCCAGAGGAGAAAAAGAAGUGCCUUCCAGAGUCGCUGACCAAGAUCCUGACGGCCUUCUCGGUUGUGGCCAACACCAACAUGCUGCUCACCACAGAAGCGGACAGCGAAUCGGACAGCAUGAAGCUGCGCUUCAUUCACGGCAUGCGCUUCUGGAGCUCAUCCUGGGUCAUUCUGGGACACACCUACUUCCUUGUCAGCGUGACCUCGUUGGCCGACUCACUCAACAUAAUCAAGUACCACAGCCAGGCCGCGUUCCUCAUGAUUGCAAACGCCUACCCAUGCAUCCAGACGUUCCUUUUCAUCAGCGGCUUCCUUGUGGCAUACAACGUGAUUAAGUACCUCAAGGAUUACAAAAGAACCCUGGCCGUUCCUAUCGUUUUGCUGCUGGUCCGACGAUACAUCAGAAUCACAGCACCGGUGAUGUUCCUGGUGGGCGUCUGGCUUCUAUUGCCACUAUUCCUCACGGGACCGCUCUUCUCCGAGUACAAGGACAUCCUUUUCGGCCAAUGCGAAAAGAACUGGUGGCGCGUGCUACUCCACAUCAACAACUGGGUGCCCUUUUUCGACAUGUGCCUCGGCCACCUGUGGUACAUCAGCGUCGAUUGGCAAAUCUACGCUACCCUUUGGGUCAUUCCCAUGUUAAUGAUCAGGUACAAAAAGGUUGGCUUCGCCGUGCUCACCCUCGUCGUGCUCGUCACUUCUGCAGUGGUCGCGAUACAGACUCGUCUGUAUGACUACGGACCUACAGCUAUCUACAUCGACACUAACAUCAACAAGACGAUAGAUGCUGGUAACCAGGUGUACUUCAAGCCUUUCGCCCACGCCGGAGCAUUCUGCGUUGGCAUCGCCACGGGCUACGCUGUCCUUGCAUUCGGAGCUAUGAAAAUCAACCUGUUGAUGCAGGCGGCCAUGUGGGUGCUGUCGGGCGUGAUAGCCGCCGUGGUGAUCUUCGGGCCAUUCCGGUGGUACAAGGGCGCUGCGUAUGACACGGCCGACGCGCUUCUCUACGCGGCCACACACCGCACCGCCUGGUCCCUGAGCCUGGCCUGGAUGACGUUCGCCUGCGCCACUGGGCGCGGCGGCCUGGUGAACCGGUUCUUGAGCUGGGCGGCUUUCGUGCCACUCAGCAGGCUCUCUUUCUGCGCAUUCCUUAUGCAGACCGUGGUCAUCCUCAGUAGGAGCUUGGUCACCCGAGAGCGCAUUCACUACUCGCAUACCUCCAUGUUCCAAGACUUCCUGUUCGCCUUCAUGAUGACAUACAUGUGCGCCUUCCUGCUGUUCCUGGCCAUCGAGGCGCCCGUCGGGAACUUGGAGAAGAUGCUGUUCCUGGGCAGCACCAAACAGAUGGCUCAGGCCUCGCAGCGCGCCAAGGCGCCGCAUCAGCAGUCGCCGUCCGGCAUCGCGGCGCCCGUCGAGGUGGUCAUGAUGCCGCACAAGAGGGCCGACAGCGGGCCGGACACCGACAACUACGACUCUUCCAAGAGCCGCCUCUGACAACUGGAGGCCGCUGUUCGCGCUUUUAUGAGUGCCUAUGUACGAUACCCGCGUCUUA